GAUAGAUUCAAAUGAUAUUUAUAUAUGUAUAAUUUGUUAUUAAUAUUAAUUGUUUACACGCAAAUUUAGGUAAAUAAUAAAAAUAGCAACACAAUUCUAAAAUUUAUAUAAUAAAUAAUUUAGAAUUUUAACCAUUUUUAUAACAAGUUUAGCCAUGCUAUCGACUCCUAAAAAGAGUACAUAUAAAACAAAAAUGGAAGAAGGAUACGCCUCUCCUCCUUCUAAAAGAGACACCGAAAAAGCGAAUAAAUACCUUUACUCAAAGGAAUAGUAUAUAAACAGUAGCAAUACUAAGAAAAAUAACUUCAUAAGCCAUUUUGAUAACACAGCAAAACCACAUUUACAUGGGACUAAUGAAAAUUCUAAAACUAAAAAAACUUAAUUUAACUUUGAGAGCAUUGUUAAACCUAAUUAUGGAAUUACUUUAACAUAAACACCAAAUGUUUAAAAAAAUCUGCCUUCAUAUGAAAAAAUUCCAUAGCAAAGGCUUUUCACUUAAUAGAUAAAUAAAUAUAACACUAAAAAUGAAUUUGAUCAUUCAACUCCCAAAAAAUAGCAUAAUUAUAAAAAAUCUUUAUUCUCCUCUGAUUCGUAAGAGAGUAGUACUGAAAGAGAGAAUGAUAAUCAUUAUUACUCGAAUUAAAACAAAGAAAAUGAUUCUCAUUCAAAGAAUAAAAAAAAUAAUCGUAAUCAUAUAUUUGCAGUUUCUGAAGUUCCAGCAUAAAAAAGGCAAAAUUAAAUAAGCCAACUUUAAAAGAGCGCAAGAAAAGUUAAUCCUUUUACAUCUAACGAGACACUAACAAAUAAAAAUUAAGUGAUAGUGGCACCUUUUGAUAGAGAAAACAGGCAAAUGAACAUGACUAUCCAUUAAAGAGACAAUAAAAAAGUAUCUAUAAAUGCUGUGAAUCAUCUUAAUAACAAUAAAAAUGCUAAUUAAAUACUUCUCCCUUCACCUAAAGAGUUUAAAUAGUUAAAUUCCACUCACAAAAUAGAUCAUUAGAGCCCUCAUGUCAACUGUUUCACAAAUCAAAUAAUGAAUUCAGCUAAUUAAAAGCAUUAAAUAAAUAGAAGUAAUACAUCUAAUAGCGAUAGUAAUAAUGAAUAAAAUAAUAAUAGUAUAUCUAGCUUUAGUAUAAAUUCAGGUAGAAGCUGUAAUUAUGGUAACAAUAAUAAUAGUAACAACAUUCUCAAUCAAACACCUUCAAAAAAUAAUAAUUAGAAUAAUUCUAAAGCAAGUUCUUAACCUUUUUUUGAAGAAGAAAUGGACAGAUUUGAAUAAGAUUAUGAGGUUCUAUAAGUUUUAGGCAGUGGAUUCUUUGGUACUGUUUAUAAAUGUCAAAAUAGGAUAGAUAAAAAUAUUUAUGCAGUAAAAGUGACUAAAGAAUAAAUAAGAGGAGAAAAUUCUCAAAAAUAGAUUUUAAAAGAAGCUUAAGCUCUUGCAUCUUUAAGUGCAUGCGAUGAGGUAGAAUAUAUAGUUUGUUAUCAUAGUGCUUGGAUAGAAGACAGAUAGCUACAUUUAGCUAUGGAAUUUUGUGAUAGCAACUUAGCAAACUUUCCUUUACCCUAACCUCCUAACUAUAAUUAGUUCUAUUAAAUGAUUAAGAAAAUUUUCUAAGAUGUAGUUAAAGGAUUACAUUAUUUGCAUUAAUAGAAUUUAGUUCACCUUGAUUUAAAACCUGAAAACAUCUUAUAUAACAAAAAGUAAAAUAAGUUUAAAAUAGCUGAUUUAGGGCUUGCUUUAAUUGCAAAUAAGGACAACGAAAAAUAUAACUAAAUUGAAGAGGGAGAUGCUAGAUACCUAGCAAAAGAAAUUUUAAAUUAUUAUGAAGCUGUUGAUCUUAAAAAAGCAGAUAUAUUUUCUUUAGGGGCAAUGAUGUAUCAUCUAGUAACUUAAGAAUAACUUCCAACCAAUGGUGAUGAAUGGCUGCAAAUAAGAUAGGGGCAUUUACCUAACUUAGACUCAUUGAAUUAAUGUCCAAAAGAGCUGAAAUAAAUGAUAAGAUAAAUGAUGAAUCCUGAUCCAGAAUUAAGAUUAUCAACAUAAGAAAUUUUAGAUUCUUCAUAUAUGAAAUCACAUUUAAUUAAUGAAAUAAAAUGGUAAAAAAUAUUGAAAAAUUUACUACUCAUCUCAAUUCAAAAAUUGGAAAAAAAUUAAUAAACCUAACAAAUUACUAGAAGAAAAUCACUUCCCAUCCUUAAAAAAAUAAAUUUUAUAUGAAAGUAAAAUUAUUAUUGACUUUAACAAAUCUAAUAACAACAACAAAAUAAAUAAACAAAGGACAAUAAAUAUUUCUUAUACAUACUUUAUAAAAAACCAAAAUUAAUUAUAGUUGAAAAAAAUGAAUUAAAAUUUUUGAUAAAAUAAAAAAUAAAUAAGUUUGAAGAUAAUAUAUUUAUAUUAUUAAUUCCACUAUAAAAUAUUAAAAAUUUAAAGUUUAAUUAUUAAAUCAUUCAUAGAUUAUUUAUAACCGUAUUUAUAUCACAUAUAAUUGUAUUCAAAUAUCUUAAAUUAACAAUUUAAAACACAA